GAAAUGCGAACGAUUUGGGCAAUGAAAGGGGUUGAAUACACAAAGAACUAUUCUAAUGGAAAUAGCCAACGCAAAUAUUACAUAAGGCGAGAACAAAUAUAAUACAGCACGCUCUCCAGCUGCGAGUGAACGAGCGCAAUUAAACUCGCGGCGAAGUUCAAGGCUUAUUUGUAAGCAUAAUCUUAAUAAGACAUGGUUUUUGCAUUUUCGUUUGACCCGCGUUGUCUACGUUAGGUGAUAUGAUGAUAAAACUAUUUGGAAUAUCGUUUAAAAAUGCUGAUAGCAGCUCAAUUUGAGGGAAAUUGGUUAAGGAAGAUAAACAUGGGUGAACUCAAGAGGCAAUUUCGACGACAAUGGUCGAAAAUAGGAUGAUAUCAUAACCGUUUCAAGCUCCCAAAGGAAAUGGUAUUAAUGGAAGAAAGAAUUCGUCGCAAUUAACGGCAGGCUGAAGCAAUAGACUUGAAGCAAAAUUGCGCAAAAGUGAUUUUAUUUUCCCAAAUAUUGAUACACAACUGACGAAAGUUUAAACAGUAAAUGCGUAAGAACAGUCAAAUUGUAAAUAAAAGGAAAGGGCAAAAGGGCAAAUCGAGCAAGAAGACAACAGAACGAGACGAAAGAACUGAGAAGUGGCGAAAUCAAAAUCAAGCUAAAACGAGAUGGAAUUGAACAAAACCGACAGAAAUUUCUGGAAUUCAAGUUCGAGUUCAGACUUCGCCCACCUCCAGCUUGUCAACAACGUCUAUCUCAUCCUUCUAGGAACCUUUGCCGUGGUCACAGUUCUUGGAAAUGGUCUGGUUAUUCUUGUAAUUCUUUCAAGGAAAAGGCUUCGUGUCCAAGAAUCUCCUAAUUGGUUCGUGCUUUCCCUGGCCAUUGCGGACUUUCUGGUUGGAUUCUUUACGUUUACCAAUGCAAUUAUUUGUCGCUACAGCACGGUUCUGUACGAGGUUUGUCAUCUUCCCGACUUCUACUACGCUCAAAACUGCCUCAUGUCUUUCUUCUUCACGGCAUCCGUGAUGAAUUUAUGCGCCCUGACGCUGGAUAUUUACUUGGGAGUACUCCACCCUUAUCGAUAUCAGUCUUUUAAGAAAGCCAGUACCGUCGGCGGCUUUAUAGCACUCGCAUGGGUUCUCUCCGCAGCACAGAACAUCCCAUUGGUCGUUUACCAGCUGACUGACAGCCACCCUGAAGCAGCGCAUGUCGCUGACAGCGUCAUCCAAGUAAGCUUCAUGACGGGGCUACCGAGUAUCUUCAUGCUUUACGCAUACGUAAGGAUUUUUAGAGUCGCUCGCAAGCAUCGCAAGGACAUAGAGAAAGUCCAACGCGAAGUCGAAUCCAUCGAGCCUUUCACCGAAAAACCAAGGAAGCGCAAGCGGGGAAGAAGUGGCACAGUAAAAUCCGUCGGGGUAGUGGUGGGGAUUUUCUUGUUCUGUAAUGCAUUCUACCAGUAUUACGUCAUGUGUGAUAUAUGGCCGGACACCAUCCACAUGCAUUACCUGGUACGAGUAGUGACGCUAUUGCUGAGACAGUUCAACUCUGCGCCCAAUGUAUUUGUGUACGCGUUCCUAAGAAAGGACUUCAGGCGCGAGAUGUGGGCGAUGAUUCGGUGCGUGAAACGAAAGAGGAAAGCCUCAACCGAGGUACUGACACUUUGAUUACUGUAUGUACUGCUCAACGGAGACGUUCCUAAGAAAGGACUUCAGGCGCGAGAUUUGAGCGAUGUGUCGGUGCGUGAAACGAAAGAGGAAAGCUUCAACCGAGGUAAUGACACUUUGAUUACUGUAUGUACUGCUCAACGGAGACGUUCCUAAGAAAGGACUUCAGGCGCGAGAUGUGGGCGAUGAUUCGGUGCGUGAAACGAAAGAGGAAAGCUUCAACCGAGGUACUGACACUUUGAUUACUGUAUGUACUGCUCAACUGAGACGAUCCUCAGGAAGGACUUCAGGCGCGAGAUGUUAGCGAUGGGUCGGUGCGUGAAACGAAAGAGAAAAGCUUCAUGCGAGAUACUGAUACUAUGAUUACUGUAUGUACUGCUCAACUGAGACGAUCCUCAGAAAGGACUUCAGGCGCGAGAUGUUAGCGAUGGGUCGGUGCGUGAAACGAAAGAGAACAGCUUCAUGCGAGAUACUGAUACUAUGAUUACUGUAUGUACUGCUCAACUGAGACGAUCCUAAGAAAGGACUUCAGGCGCGAGAUGUGAACGAUGGGUCGGUGCGUGAAACGAAAGAGAACAGCUUCAUGCGAGAUACUGAUACUAUGAUUACUGUAUGUACUGCUCAACUGAGACGUUCCUAAGAAAGGACUUCAGGCGCGAGAUGUGGGCGAUGAUUCGGUGCGUGAAACGAAAGAGGAAAGUUUAAACCGAGGUACUGACAUUUUGACUACUGUAUGAACUGCUCAACUGAGACGAUCCUCAGGAAGGACUUCAGGCGCGAGAUGUUAGCGAUGGGUCGGUGCGUGAAACGAAAGAGAAAAGCUUCAUGCGAGAUACUGAUACUAUGAUUACUGUAUGUACUGCUCAACUGAGACGAUCCUCAGAAAGGACUUCAGGCGCGAGAUGUUAGCGAUGGGUCGGUGCGUGAAACGAAAGAGAACAGCUUCAUGCGAGAUACUGAUACUAUGAUUACUGUAUGUACUGCUCAACUGAGACGAUCCUAAGAAAGGACUUCAGGCGCGAGAUGUGAACGAUGGGUCGGUGCGUGAAACGAAAGAGGAAAGCUUCAACCGAGACGUUCCUAAGAAAGGACUUCAGGCGCGAGAUGUGAGCGAUGGGUCGGUGCGUGAAACGAAAGAGGAAAGCUUUAACCGAGACGUUCCUAAGAAAGGACUUCAGGCGUGAGAUGUGGGCGAUGAUUCGAUGCGUGAAACGAAAGAGGAAAGCUUCAACCGAGGCACUGACACUUUGACUACUGUAUGUAUUGCUCAACUGAGACGUUCCUAAGAAAGGACUUCAGGCGCGAGAUGUGAGCGAUGGGUCGGUGCGUGAAA